AUGAGUUUCCUCCAGCAGCUACAGUCUAAACGCAAGGCUUUGAAAGCCACUGCCACCACUGUAACCACAGCAAGUGGCAAACGUUUCAUCGAAGCAAACGCAACUACCUCAACACCAAUACAACAACUACCAGAACAGUGUUAUGGUUUCGUUGUUGAUACUAAACCAGAUACCACACCUGCAUGUAUUCUAACCGAUUUCCUCUACUUGGGCUCACAAGAUGCUGUAAAUAGUGAAAAUAUAAGUGCAUAUAAGUUAACACAUAUUUUAAGCGUUGGCAUUGAGACACCACACUUAGUUGGUGAAAAAGUGCAUACCAAAUUUCUGUCAUGUCUCGAUUUGCCCGAAACACUACUUUUAGAGCGUGUCAUUCCAUCAGCAAACCAAUUCAUUGUGGACGCGGCGUUGUCUCGCGGUCGUGUGCUAGUGCAUUGUAAUGCUGGUGUUUCGCGCGCGGCCAGCAUUGUUAUUGCUUAUUUAAUAUUAGUGUGUGGUAUGCCGUUUGACGUUGCCUAUGCGUUAGUAAAGUCUAAACGCGAAUGCAUACAACCAAAUAUAGGAUUUAUUAAACAGUUAAAACAACUUAGAUUAGACGCAGUGUAG